UCCAUCCCAACCCGGUCCGACACCGACCCCCCGCCUCACUUUAAACCGACCCCCCCCCCUUUAACACCGACCCCCCCCCCCCAUCCCGCACUCCUCCAUCCCGCACUGCUCCCCCCCCGCCCCGCAAACCCCACCGCCUCCCUUUCUCCCGGUGCGGUGCGGGGGCUUUCAGUGCGGGUAGAGGGGGGGGGUUAAGAGUGGGGAAGGGGCGGGGGGGGUCAGCCGGUAUAGGGCCGUCCCGCACCCACCCGCGGGGUUAAUCCGUUCCGUGACGGACAGCCCCGGCGCCGCCGCUCCGUCCGCCCCAUAAGAAGAGGUGCUCGGCACCGCCGCUCCCCAUUGUUAUGGGGCCGUGGGGACCCCGCGCACCGCCCCUAUAAGAACAGCCCCGCAUCACCCGCCGCCGAACCGCACCGCAGCGCAGCGCCGCCGUCCCACCCGUCCAACCGAACCGAACCGCACCGCACCGCACCCAAACGGGACCGCCGGCCCCGACGUCGCGCACCGCACACAGCCGAGCAGCGCCCCCCAACCCCGACCCCGCGCCCCGACCCCAAUCCGACCCCGCACCGCAGCCCCGACGUCGCGCACCGCCGCAGCCCCCACCGCGGCCCCGGGGUCGGUGCCGCCCCGCCCCGCCCGAACCACGCGCGAACGGAAACACGCGUGGAUGUCAACGGCCGGGCCGGGGGCUCCGCGUGGCCAUAAAUAGGGCGGCGGGCGCCGUUCGGGCGCGCAGUGCGGGAGCGGUGCGGGAGCGGUGCGGGACCGUCGGGGCGCAGCACCGCACCGCACCGCACCGCACCGCACCAUGCGCGGCCCCGCGCUGCUCCUCGCGCUCCGCGCCCUCUGCGCGCUCUCGGCGCUCCGCGGCACCGCGCGGGCGGUGAACAACAGCGGGAGGUGGUGGGGCAUCAUCAACGUGGCCUCAUCCACCAACCUGCUGACGGAUUCGGGCAGCGUGCAGUUGGUUCUGGAGCCCGGCCUGCAGCUGCUGAGCCGCAAACAGAGGCGUCUGAUCCGACAGAACCCCGGCAUCCUGCACAGCGUCAGCGCCGGGCUGCAGAGCGCCGUCCGGGAGUGCCAAUGGCAGUUCCGCAACCGCCGCUGGAACUGCCCCACGUCUCAGGGCCCCAACAUCUUUGGCAAGAUCGUUAACAGGGGGUGCCGGGAGACGGCGUUCAUCUUCGCCAUCACCAGCGCCGGCGUGACGCACUCGGUGGCCCGGUCCUGCUCCGAGGGCUCCAUCGAAUCGUGCACCUGCGAUUACCGCCGGCGCGGCCCGGGGGGGCCCGAUUGGCACUGGGGGGGCUGCAGUGAUAACAUCGAUUUCGGGAGGCUCUUCGGGAGGGAAUUUGUGGAUUCCAGCGAGAAGGGCCGAGAUCUGCGCUUCCUGAUGAACCUACACAACAACGAGGCCGGGCGCAUGACGGUCUUCUCGGAGAUGCGCCAGGAGUGCAAAUGCCACGGCAUGUCGGGCUCCUGCACCGUGCGCACCUGCUGGAUGCGCCUGCCCACCUUCCGCGCCGUGGGCGACGUCCUCAAAGACCGCUUCGACGGCGCCUCGAGGGUCAUCUACGGCAACAAAGGCAGCAACCGAGCCUCGAGGGUCGAGCUGCACCACCUGGAACCCGAAAACCCGGCCCACAAACCCCCCUCGCCCCACGAUUUGGUUUACUUCGAGAAGUCGCCCAAUUUCUGCACCUACAGCGGGAAGAUGGGGACGGCGGGGACGGCGGGGCGGGCGUGCAACAGCUCCUCCCCGGGGUUGGAUGGCUGUGAGCUGCUGUGCUGCGGGAGGGGGUUCCGUACGCGCACCCAACGCGUCACCGAGCGCUGCAACUGCACCUUCCAUUGGUGCUGCCACGUCAGCUGCCUCAACUGCACCAACACACAGGUGCUGCACGAGUGUCUGUGAGGGCCGCGUGGAGCUGCGCUGGAGGGUGGGGGGGGU